AUGGAAACGCAAGAAAAUGUGAAGAUUGCCACGGAAGCGGAAUUCAAAAGACAUAUACGCCUCAUAAUCACAAAUGUGCUUAACAAGGGAAUAGUGGCUGCCUUCACUUUGCGACGUGACGCGUUUAGAGAAUCGAAGAUUUCACGACAGGGCACGCCGUUUCGGAAAAGAAAAGAAGCGAAAUUGAUGCGUCGUUUUGAUCAUCCCAAUAUAGUAAGAUUCUACGGAGUGGCUCCGCAGGAAGAACCUAUAAUGAUUAUUCUAGAAUUAGCCAGUGGCGGUUCAUUGAAGGUUCAGUUUGUCACCUUCUUCACAAGACGAAGCACACGUAGAUGCCCCUCUGCUGCAUGUGCUCGUUUUUCGACUCAGGAAGCGAAACAAUGA